GAGAAAAAAAACACAAAUAAGCCAAGAGCAGAGAGGAGAGGAAGCCAAGAGCAAAAACUGCCUCUUCGGAGAAGACAAGAAAAUAUAGGAAAGUCCCCUUGUGCGAGUUCAGAAAUUACCCUUGUGCUCAUCCUGGAUUCAGACGGAAGAUCUCAAACCAGAAGGAAUACUUGCUGCUCCUCCAAAGUUAAGUCCCAGACUUGGGAAGAUUCUGCAAGAUUGAUAUUUUUUUGGAUCAACAUCUUGAAGUGCAGUUGGCUCGUGACGGGACUUCUUCGUUGGUGCUUUCUUGCCACGGUUUAGGAUUGCAAAGAUCUGACGCCCGUUCAGUCUCUGGAAAUAGAUGCAGGAUCCUCUUCAGAGUGUACAGCUUGAUCCCAGGCACAACUUUUUUUUCCCUCCAGAGAGCACAACUCUCUGUGCAAAAAGGCACAAUGUUUCCCAGCUGGAGGCACUUUUUGUGAAGCGCGGUGAAACACGGGAGCUGCGGCCGGACUCGAGGUGGAACGAACUUGGUCAUCUUAGAUUGUCCUGGAGAGGUGAAUUGCUUUUCCUACCCCAUUGGAGUCUCCCCCGCCAAAAAACCCACAUAUGAGUGGGUGGGGGAAAUUAGGCUAGUGCCCUCAAGCAAGCACCCACUGUGGUUUCUUAUUUUGGUGACAGUUGUUGUGCAAAGUGAAGGACGUUGGUCCUGUGUCCCGGUGAAGAGUGAAGAACGGAAGAAGCUCUUGCCGCUAUGGAGGUUCUCUCAGAAUGUGGAGUUCUUUGGAGCCUUCUCUUAGAACUGGAGGAUCCGUGUCUGCUGUGUCACUUGAAAUGGCUCUGCGAUUUUCCCGAAGAUUGUCGUGAUUCAGCCUGGGAAGAAAUCCCAUCUGUGUUGAGUCCAACCUAUAAACAACGGAAUGAAGACUUCAGGAAACUUUUCAAGCAGCUUCCCGAAACGGAGCGCCUCAUUGUUGAUUACUCCUGCGCCCUUCAAAGAGAUAUUCUUUUGCAAGGCCGACUCUACCUCUCUGAAAACUGGAUCUGCUUCUACAGCAACAUCUUCCGCUGGGAAACCUUGUUGACCGUUCGUUUGAAGGACAUCUGCACCAUGACCAAGGAGAAAACUGCACGGCUCAUUCCUAAUGCUAUCCAAGUUUGCACAGACACUGAAAAGCACUUUUUCACUUCCUUUGGUGCCCGGGAUAGGACGUACAUGAUGAUGUUCCGUCUCUGGCAGAAUGCCCUCCUUGAAAAGCCCUUGUGUCCAAAGGAGCUUUGGCAUUUUGUACAUCAGUGUUACGGCAAUGAGCUGGGGUUGACGAGUGAUGAUGAAGACUACGUUCCUCCUGACGAAGACUUCAACACCAUGGGUUACUGCGAGGAGAUCCCAGUGGAAGAAAACGAAGUCAACGACAACUCCUCCAAAAGCAGCACGGAGGUCAAAGCUGAAGUGAGCCCUCAGCUUCCCAAGAAGUCUCUUCCCAACAGCAGCACGCUGACCCCUACAACGAACAACGAAGCUCCCAUCCCGUAUGAAGGCAUAGUUCCUGAAGAAGAAGAGGUUCUGGACACACCGGCCGAGAAGGAGAUGACAAUUGCAAGUCUCAUUGGAGACAAGAUUGACAUCAUCGCCCCUAUGAAUUCCCCCUCUUUGGAUUUCAAUGACAAUGAGGACAUUCCAACCGAACUCAGUGAUUCCUCCGAGACUCAUGAUGAAGGGGAGGUCCAGGCCUUUUACGACGAUCUGAAUGGACGGCAAUACAUGAAUGAAGUCUUCAACUUUAGUGUGGAUAAGCUCUACGAUCUGCUCUUCACAAACUCUCAGUUCUUAAGGGAUUUCAUGGAGCAGCGGCGGUUUUCUGAUGUUAUUUUUCAUCCAUGGAAGAAGGAAGAAACUGGCAAUCAAAGUAGAGUUAUUCUCUACACCAUCACUCUCACCAACCCCCUGGCUCCAAAAACUGCCACCAUUACUGAAACUCAGACAAUGUACAAAGCCAGCCAAGAAAGCGAGUGUUACGUUAUAGAUGCCGAGGUGCUAACUCAUGAUGUUCCUUACCAUGAUUAUUUCUACACAAUUAAUCGUUACACUUUGACACGUGUUGCCAGGAACAAAUGUCGACUCAGGGUUUCUACAGAGCUACGUUACAGAAAACAGCCAUGGGGACUAGUGAAAUCCUUCAUUGAGAAGAACUUUUGGAGCGGUCUUGAUGACUAUUUUCGCCACUUAGAGAGUGAAUUGACCAAAACCGAGAGUUUGUAUCUAGCAGAACUUCACAGACAGUCGCCCAAAGAGAAAGUGAACAAACAAUCCAUAGUGCGGCGGAGGAAGCGACCCCAUGCACACUUGAGGGGGCCUCAUCUGGAGGAAGUACUGAGUCCUGUUACCACUCCCACAGAUGAGGAGGUUGUAAGUCGAAUCAAGCGUGUGGCAGGUUCCACCCAAACACGGCACAUCCCUGAGGAAAGUCCUGGCACCUUCCACCUGCAGAGUGUGUCCAAAUUACUCCUUGUUAUUAGUUGUGUUUUGGUGCUUUUGGUCAUCCUUAAUAUGUUGCUGUUCUACAAGCUGUGGAUGUUGGAAUACACCACUCAGACCUUGACGGCCUGGCAGGGGCUCCGCUUACAGGAAAGGUUACCCCAAUCUCAGACGGAGUGGGCCCAGUUAUUAGAGUCCCAGCAGAAAUAUCACGACACAGAGCUCCAAAAAUGGCGAGAGAUCAUCAAAUCAUCCGUGGUUCUCUUAGAUCAGAUGAAGGAUUCCCUCACCAACCUUCAGAAAGGCAUCGGCUCUCGCGAACAUCGGUCCAAGUCCGAUGAGAAACGGAAGCAGUUCUACUAGCAGGCGGGGAGACACACGUGGCCAGAGGAUUGCGUGCAAUAUAUGUACAUAGAGAAUGAAUAUAUAGAUAAAUAUAUAUAUUCAUCAUCUCCAGAUUUUUACAGAGGAAAGGAACCCGUUGGCGUCGUGAGGAGAGAAUCACGGUGCCGAACGGAACUCCAGCAGCACUGGAACGUGAAACCGGGAACAUCGCCAAGGAAGGGCCAGAAUGCGAUGGAGGAAUUGGGCUUUUCCGGCACUGAGGCAUUGUGGGAAAAUCCCUUCUUGGCCCUCCUGGAUUCAUGCAUCUUUCUAGGCAUUUUCCUGGCUCUUUAUUUGUUUGUCUGCCUCUCUUGGGCAGGAGCGGGGAAGACGUAGGAAGCCAUGAAGCCCGCCAUUGGAGCUGCUCCUUAACUAGGCUUGGCACAAAUGGCCUAUUUGUUCUGGCAUGGACGAACUGUUGUGUUAUUUUUCUCGGCAAGAAUGCGGUUGGCGAAUCCUUCGAGCCGGCUGCCAAAACAGAGCAUUGUUGCUUGUUUUCCACCCAGGGUUCCCUUGGCGGGAUUUCUCUUUCGUUGGCAAGUGGACUUGGCACAGGCUUCCCCGCCCCCCCCUUCCCACGCUGCUACUUCGGCCGAGAGCACGCCCCCCCCUCCCCGGCGUGCAACGGGAUGAGUUUGUUUGAGGAGAUAAGACAGGAAGCGGUUGUGUGUGAGUGCGUGGAAGGGCCUUGUGCGCAGCUCACUCAGGUGCUAACUCCCUUUUGCUGAAGGAUGAGUUUUGCCAUCUUUUUGUGGCCAACGAUGGCAAAAUUUGCGACCUGCGGACUUCGACUCCCGGAAUCCUGGCUCGGGAAUUCUGGGAGUCGAAGUCCGCAGGUCGUGAAGUUGCCACGGCUGGCCUUCCUUGAGUCACAUUUUGGUCCUUGUUUCAGCUUGACGGCAUCUUCUCUGGCGGUCGUUGCAUCCUUUGACCAUUGCAGCUUCAAGUAGUUACUCGAGAGAGUGGUUGCUCUGCUUAAAGGGCUAUCUGUACUUGCAGAGAUACCCAUGGAGACCCACAUCUAGGGAGCUUCUCGUGUGUAAAUGUCCACAGCAAAAAUAAAAAGGCAACAACAGAUUGAGCUGCAAUCCAGGGAUAUGCCUCAGCUCAGCAAGGGGUUUAAAAAAUGUCUGCGUCGAAGUCUUUGUCCCGAAUCGUCUUUAUUUAUUGAAGCCAUCUUGUUUCUUGUUGUACCCGUGUCGAGACAGAGAGUUGGGGGAGAAGCGCAAGGAGAAAUAAGUUUGCUAUUCGUAGCGAGAGAUGGGCUUUUUGCGUUGCUGUGCCUGUCAGCUUCAGCCAUGGCAAGGCACCAUGCAUUCACACCAACCUCUUGUAAAAACUUGGAAGGACACUCCUGAACGUACAUUCAGCAGCUGCGUGAUGAGAACUCCCUUUCCUCUUCAGCAGCUGAUUUCAAAUGCAAGGAUGCAUUUUCAUUCUUUAAAGCCAGGCUGUCCAAACUUGGCAACUUUUAAGGACUUCAACUCCCAGCCAUUCCUUAGCCAGCAUUCCAUGUUGGCUGGAGAAUUCUGGGAGCUAAAGUCCACCAGUCUGCGAGUCUUAAAAGUUGCUACGGUUGGACUUCCCCUGCUUUAAAGAAAGUCCUUCUUGGUGGUCCCUAGCGGUGAGAGCUUGGGAACUCCGCAAAACACAGACAUGAAAACAUCUGUUGGCUGAGCUGCAAACAAGGAAAUACAAAGACGGUUUAUUUCUUUAGGAUUUUUCCUUGGGAGGAAAAAAAAAUACAUAUCGCUUGAAAGAGCUAAGAUUCCACCAAACGAUGAUGCUCUUCUUUCUUUUCUUUUUCAUGGAUUUAGUCAAAGCAAACAUUUCUCUAAUUCGGAAUGAAGCAAACCGAAGACUUGAUUUGUGGGCGGGAGGUCAGUUUUAUCAUGUAAGAGGCCAUACUUUCCUAGAGCAGGGGUCUCCAACCUUGGCCACUUUAAGCCGUGGCGGACUUCAAUUCCCAGAAUCCUGGGUGGCUCAA